AUGGAGUCUUUAAUCGCAAGGGCUAAUAGAGGUAAUUUUGCGGGCGUGGAAAAGAAACAGUAUUGGAAGUACGAUUGGUACACGCCAAGUCGAAUUGAUGCAACGACGAGUAAUACUAAUUCAAAUGCUGAGAUUGCUCGCUCCUCUGAGAGUGGCUCCACUGAUAAGCUUCCUGUUAAAUAUAAAACAUGGUCAAAAACGGAUAAAUCCAUUUUUGUAGAUUACCACGACGAUGAUAUUGGUGAUCUGUUCGAUCUGUCAAUGCAUUCCGGUAUAGCUCAUGUCGUUGCAGGAAAUAGUACUGGUGCUAAGGUACCAAACGGGGGUACUAUGGAUGAAGGGUUAACGAUGGAAGAUAUAAGAGGUGCUGUGGGGGAUAGCGAAGCCAUUCCUGGAUUGUCUAGUUCCGACACCAUCAAGAAAAAUCAAGAAGUUGAAACCCCUACAGUGCAAGAGUCAUCUAUCGCACCAGAGGGUAAUGAUUUGCCUCUUACUGAUGGUGCUGCGCCAGAAAUAAAAUGUACGUCCAACGAUCCACAAACCAAUGAGAUUCCAGCAACGUCCAAGGUUGACGAUAAGCCCAAAGAUAUAGAUGGAGAUGUAAAUAUGCAAUUAGAAUAA